UUAGCCGCUUGUGUAAGCGGGAAACCGGCUUUUCGCGGUAUAAUUUCACAAAUAAUUAACGUAUGGCCUUUAUUUUAUAAUUUCUUUGUGAAACGCGUGACGUAUGGUUUGAUUUUGAACUGUUGUAGCCAAAAGUACGACAGUGACAAAGCUCGUAACAAGCCGUCCUGGCUGGAAUUUCUUCCCGACGGCCCUUAUGCUAACACUUUAGGCUAGCUUGUUGGACCCUCACGUUAGCUAACGAGACGUAGUUGAUAAUGCGUUAGAUAGAACAGAGAUUAUAUAGCACUGAGUGGAAAAAGACAAAGGGCUACCGUUUUUUUUUUGACACAAACACAUAAUCACAGCUGAAAUGAGUUUUUUCAACUUGGACCGUUUUCGUUUCGAGAAGAAAGCAGCCAACAAAGAAUCAGUUUGCGUCUCAAAAAGUCCGGAUUCUGAAAAGGAGAACAAACCAGCUCAAGUCAAAUCUCAUAAAUCCACCACAAAGUCCCACGCACGAGGAGUGGUUUUUGAAGAAGAAAUAUCUGUAGAUUUGGAGGAGGAUGAGUUUGUGGCUGAGUCAAACACAAAAGAUAGGAGCCCUUUGCAGAACCCAGCCAAUGACACAGAUGAUGAGGAAAUAGAUGAGAAAAUAAGCAAACUACUGGAAUUGUUUCCUCAGUUGUCUAGAACUGAUGCACUGGAGGUCACUGGGAGUACAAGUACCUUGGAAGGCGCUAUAGCUGUCUGCCUUGUCAGAUUUGGUGACAAAGCAGCACCAAGUGAAGGCAGGAAGAGAAAGCAGGACGAAUCUAGCUGUUCUCAGGACAGUGGUGAUGUUCACCAGAGUAAAAAAAGGAAAUCAUCUGUGGUGUCUGAUGAAGAAGAUGAUGAAGGGAGAGAACCAAGCUGGGAGAAGCAGGAGGUCAUGGUGAAAAGACUUCAGAAGAGGUUUCCCGACCAGGACAAGGAGGAGCUGAGGAUGGUGCUUCAGGAACAUGACUGGGAUGUGGAAGAAGCUCUGCAGGUUCUCCAGAUGUUCUCUGAGUCAGAUAACAGCGGUUGUAACUUAGUUAUUCCAAAAAAGCAAAAAUCAAAAGGCAAAGGGGUGUCAACCAUGGGCAACUCAGACAAAAACAUUGAAACAGAUGGGAACAGUACAGAUGAUACAGAUAAUAGUAGUUCCAAUUCUGAUUUAGAAGAAUCCAAACACAAAAGGAAACCAAAGUCAAUUAAAGAAUACAUGGAAUCAAAGGACACAACAUGUAAUGAUAAAAGUAUUGAAAAGACAGAUGGGACUAGUACAGAUGGUACAAAGGACAGUGAAGACGAGUCUGAUACAGAGUACGACAAAAGCUCCAAAAUAAAAGGGGGCAUUUACACUCUGGACCCAAGGCUGUUGUCUUCUUCGUCUUCUGCUAAGCGUACCUCUACCUAUGCCACCACGAUGCCUUCAUCUUCCUCCUCAGCCUCCCAGGCUGUGUCCAAAUUUUCUAGUGAUACUGGCAAUGCUAAAAAGCAGGCAGUGGAAAGAAAGAAAAAAGCGAGGGCCUCCAAUGAGGAAGUCAGUUCUGAUGACGAAGAGGAUAUCCUAACAAGCGACUAUGAGGAUUCAGAUGACGAGCUUGAGGGUGACGAUGAAAAGAUGGAUGUAAAAAAAGAGAUAGUUGCAUUUUUCCAGAAUGCUACAAUAGAUGAGCUUUCUCUGAUUGCUGGAUGCUCUGUGAAAAAGGCCCAGAGGAUAGUGGAGCUCCGACCCUAUGACAGCUGGGAAUCCCUGUGGGAUGUCUUUCAUAAAGGAAAUGGACUCUCUGAUGAUUUACUGCAUGGCUGCAGAGUCGUCCUCAAAGAGAGGAAGGUCAUCCUUGGACUCAUGUCCAAAUGUCAAACUAUUUCUUCAAAAAUGGUUAAGCAGGUCACUCAAGUGAUGGAGAGAGGAACUGGUUCCACAAAACAGCCUAGUUUACUCAAUAGCCAGCUGCAUCUUAAACCGUAUCAGCUGAUUGGUCUAAAGUGGCUCAUGCUUCUCAACGAGCACAAAUUGAGCGGGAUCCUCGCUGAUGAAAUGGGUUUGGGGAAAACCAUCCAGGCUAUAGCUUUUCUGGCUCAGCUGUAUGAAAAUGGAAUAGAAGGUCCUCAUCUCAUCACUGUGCCUUCCUCCACACUAGAUAAUUGGGUCAGAGAGCUGAGGCUGUGGUGUCCAGCUCUUCAAGUGCUUAUUUAUUAUGGAUCUGUGGAAGAGCGCCGCUACCUCAAACAUGACAUCCUCAACGGUGAUGUUGAUUUCAAUGUCAUUGUCACAACGUAUAACUUGGCAAUAGGAAAUGACAACGAUCGAAGCCUUUUUCGUAAGCUGCCUCUCAAGUAUGCCAUCUUUGAUGAGGGCCACAUGUUAAAGAACAUGAACAGUCUGCGCUACCGCCACCUAAUGUCCAUCAAUGCUGAACAUUUCAACUGUGACUACGAGAACUUCAGAUUCAUUGUCUAUGAAGCUUGCAUUCUUCUCUCUAAUGUCCACACAAAAUCUCAUGAUGAGCAAAGCCGAUUUGAAAGGGAACGAAUUACUCAGGCCAAACUCAUCAUGAAACCCUUUAUCCUACGACGGGUCAAAACUGAGGUGCUCAAGCAGCUGCCAGCCAAAGAAGAGAAGAUUGAGUUUUGCUCAAUGAGUGAGAAACAGCAGACUCUCUAUGAGGCCCUCUUUAAAAAACUAAAGAAUACUACUAAUGGAGAGAAGCGUGAGCUGUGCAAUGUUAUGAUGCAAUUGAGGAAGAUGGCCAACCAUCCUCUUCUUCACAGACAGUACUACACCACAGAAAAGCUUCAGGCUAUGAGCCAACUUAUGCUCAAGGAGCCAACCCACCACGAUGCCGUCCCCGCUCUUAUCCAGGAAGACAUGGAAGUCAUGUCAGACUUUGAGCUCCAUCGUCUUUGUCAGCAAUACUCAUCCAUCAGCUCUUUCCAGCUUGACAACAGCCUUCUACUUGACUCAGGGAAGUUCCACCACCUAAAAGAGCUGCUGGUAUCCCUAAAAAAACAGGGAGACAGAGUGGUGUUAUUCAGUCAGUUUACCAUGAUGCUAGACAUCCUGGAAGUGUUCCUCAAACAUCAUCAUCAUCGCUAUGUCAGGCUGGAUGGAUCCACUCCCAUCGCUGACAGGAUUGUUUUGAUUGAUGAGUACAACACAGACCCUGACAUAUUCGUGUUCUUGUUAUCAACUCGUGCCGGAGGGCUGGGCAUCAACCUCACCUCUGCUAAUGUUGUCAUCCUGCAUGAUAUUGACUUCAACCCCUACAACGACAAACAGGCAGAGGACAGAUGCCACCGCGUCGGCCAGACCAGGACUGUACAGGUGAUAAAGCUGAUCAGUAAGGACAGCAUAGAGGACUGCAUCCUGCAGCUCGGUCACAAGAAGCUGAAGCUAGAACAAGACAUGACGACUGCUGACCAAGAUGGUGAAGGGACCGUACCUGAAGAUAUGGCAACUUUGCUCAAAGCCUCUCUGGGACUGUGAAACACAAACACAUCAACCUUGAAACUUGACUGAACUGAAAGGCUUAAGAUUUUUGGCAGUUUGAUGCAAACAAUAUGCUGCCAUUAAAUGAGCCCUGCAGCCUGGUAACUGUGCCUAAAACACCAUUUUUACCUGCAGUCUUUUCCAUGUUUUAACAGCCUUUUGAUUACAAAGCACUGUAUGCGUUACCUAUUUAAGCAAGCCAAGCAAAACUUGCAGUUCUUCAGUUUGACAUAAGCCCGUCAUUAUUCAUUCAAAAAAGAUCAUUUUGCACCUUUUUUGACCAAAACUGUUAAAUAUUGAAACAUUAACUAAAAAUUACCAUCAACUGUUAAGAUUCCCCCCCUUUUUUUCUGAGCGGUAAAUGCUUGAGCAAGCUGGAUGUUUUAAUAAGUUUUAAUAAGCUUUUUUAAGCAUGCUGCUCGUACUUUAAGUAUUUUCAGCCAGGAAACACUUAUGCUUUCACAAGGCAGCUGUCUGUGUACUGUAUUAGGGGCCAAUGUGUUGUAAGUGUACACUUGUUACUGUACAAAUCAUUUCCUAAACUGUUUGUAUGUUUCCAGGUUCGUGUUUGAACAUAUGAUACAUUUUCAAAUAAAUAUUUGUCCUUCUA